GAUGGAAUAAAGAAACGGAGAGAAAAAUCUAAAGAUAGUUUUGAAGAGUAGUGAACUGGAAUACAACCAAUAGGAAAAAUACAAAUUUCUUCGAAUGGUUGCCAGUGAACGGAUUAAAUCAUAGGAGCUCGAUAUAAGUGAUCCACAGGGGGGGUAUGAAGUUUUUUCCACCCUAUUUUUUUCUGGUCAUAUAAGACGACACGACGAUGUAUUUUCUCCCACAAUCUUUCCAUUACCAUGGCACUUGCGUGUACACGUAUCGGCCUGAGUAUUUUUCUGCUGUACACAAUUUUCACACUGAGUUAUUGCAAGCCCGAUAUGCCCGAAGAGACGUGCGAAACCAUUCCAGCAGAAAUUCAUCUAGUCAAAGAGGAAUACGAUGAACUUGGGCAUUUGCAAAGAACCUGCAGUGGUGAUGUAGCUGUUAAUAAAUGCGAAGGAUUAUGUAGGAGCCAAGUUCAACCAUCUGUUAUCACUCCGACAGGUUUUCUCAAGGAAUGCUACUGCUGUCGAGAAAGUUUCAUGAGGGAGAGGAUCAUUACCCUUAACCAUUGUUACGAUAUAGAUGGUGUGAAAUUAAUUGAUGAAGGAAACAGUUCGCUAGAUGUCAAGUUGAAGGAACCUGCAGAAUGUAAAUGUUAUAAAUGUGGCGAUUUGGGACGAUAAAACUUGUCGUAUUAUUUCUUGUAAAAUAUUGAUAUGAUUGUUUGAAUAUUUACUGCGUUAAUCAGUUGCUAAUAACAUAAUAUUCGUUGCAUUCAUAUUAGAUAAAGCCCUCAUGAAGAGCAGUUUUGUGUUUGUAGUUAGUGUCAAAUAAAAUUAUAGAAUUACAUGCCGUAUAUACAGUUGUUCGAUUAUAAAUUUCAUGUAUAUUAUUUAUUUUAUGAAUAAACAACAGAAUUUA